AUGGUGUACGUGCGACAGGAGUUCCUGCCGAACCUCAAGAACUACAAGUACUCGUCGGUCGACCAUUCCCUGACGUCCAAGUACAUCCUCAAACCCUUCUAUACCAAUGUCGUCAUCAAGUGCUUCCCCAUGUGGAUGGCUCCCAACCUGAUCACCCUGUCCGGCUUCAUGUUCGUCGUCGUCAACUUCUUCACCCUGCUAUGGUACAACCCGACUCUCGACCAGGAUUGCCCGCCAUGGGUCUACUACAGCUGGGCCGCUGGCCUGUUUCUCUACCAGACCUUUGACGCCGUCGAUGGCUCACAAGCACGUCGAACUCGACAAAGCGGUCCCCUUGGCGAACUGUUCGAUCAUGGCGUCGACGCCGUCAACACCUCCCUCGAAGUCCUCCUCUUCGCCGGAUCACAGAACAUGGGCCACAGCUGGUACACUGUCGCUGUUCUCUUCGCAUCUCUCUGCACCUUCUACGUCCAGACUUGGGACGAGUACCACACAAAGACCCUCACUCUCGGCGUCGUGAACGGUCCGGUCGAAGGCGUACUAAUCAUGGUCUUCGUAUACACGCUGACGGGCUACAUGGGCGGCGCAUCUUUCUGGCAGCAGUCCAUGCUCGGCGCAUUCGGUGUGCCUAACGGUCUCGGCAUCCCGAGGGCCAUCUACGAGCUCUCAUUCACGCAGUGGUGGAUGCUACAGGGCACCAUCGUGCUUGUUCAAAACACGGUCGAGAGCGCGCGCAACGUCAUCAAGGCCCGACGUGCCCGUGGGGACCGCAGCCGUGGCGCCUUGCUUGGUCUCGUCCCUUUCUUCGGCACCUGGUUUCUGAUCGGGGCCUACCUCUACCUACAGCCGCUGAUCCGCACCCAACAUCUGAUUCCCUUCGCCAUGUUUGCCGGCAUCGUCAAUGCCUACAGCGUCGGUCAGAUGAUCACUGCGCAUCUCGUCCAGCUCGACUUCCCGUACUGGAACAUCCUGACCCUGCCGCUGGCGUGGGGCGUUGUCGAUUCUCUGGGACCGAUCUUGCAGCAGCACGUUGGUUGGGCCUCUGGCUGGCCCAGUGCCCUUGGCGACGACGUCUACCAGGUCGCCUUCAUGUUCUCGAUGCUAGGCAUGGCUAUCGGUGUAUAUGGAUCUUUCGUUGUCGACGUCAUUGUCACGAUUUGCGAUUACCUCGACAUCUGGUGCCUGACCAUUAAGCAUCCCUACGUCGAGGUAGAGGAGCACACCGGGAAGAAGACGGAGUAA